AUGUUCAAAGCACCUCUUUCCAUCACCUUUCUCGCCCUCCUGACCACCGUCUUCGCCUCAAUCUUUACAGAGGACCUUACAAAUGCUUUGCUCAAACGCCAAGAACCUGGAACGCCUGCAUAUGACUGCCAUUUGAAUUGUGGAACUGCAAUCACUAUCAGCCGUUCAGCAACAGACCCUUGUACAAACUCGACUUUUCUAUCUGAUUACGACGCCUGUCUUGAUUGUGCUGGACCAGAUAAUCAGAACAUUUGGCAGUAUUACGGUACAGCCUUGAGUAUCGUGGCUACGAAGUGUGGAUUAUCUACUACACCGGUCGCAAAUGCAACUACUUCAGGCUCAGUCAAUGGCACUGUAUCGUCGACUGGUUCUGCGAGUGGUUCUACGGCAUCGCCACCUAGCACAUCUUCGAUGAGCUUGUCAGCUUCGUCAACUGCGUCUGGUGUUACGAAUGGAACUGCUUCUAGUACACCGGUAGUGGCUGGAACUGGGACUAUGAUGGACGUCGGAACUUUUAUGUUGUUCGCUCUGGCUGGUGCCGUUUCUGCCAGUUGUGCUUUCUGA